CGUAUCUAUUGUCCAUGGAAAUACUGCCAAGUGUUCCCCUACACUUGCCGCGACAUGAUUCGCAGUGUGAGAAGCGGAUAUGUAUCAUUGGAGCGGGACCGGGAGGCCUUGCUGCUCUGAAAGUCAUAUCAGAGUCCGCUUACUUCAAGUCAGGGAAAUGGUCGGUCAUCGCGUAUGAGACCCGGGAAAACGUCGGGGGAAUAUGGCUGCCUGCCCCGCCGGUUGUUGACGCCUACAAUGCACCCAUGACGCCUCUUUACGAUUCAUUAACUACGAAUUUGCCUCAUCCUAUAAUGGCAUAUACCAGUUACUCCUUUCCGCCAGAGACUUCGUUGUUUCCGUCAGCACACGUGGUGCAAACGUAUCUCGAGUCGUAUGCUGCAUACUUCAGUCUUAUGUCCCUCAUCAAGUUCGACACCACGGUGUUAGAUGCACGAUGGGAAUCAACGCAGUGGACAAAUGGUAGAGCCUCUCACUCUGCAUGGUAUAGAAAACCUGAUUUUCUGGGGGACAAAAUACUUGUUGUUGGAGGCGGACCCAGCGGUCAGGACAUUGCUGCCGAGAUGUGCAUAGUUUCUUCAGUUGUUGUCCAUUCAGUCGAUGCCCCUGGCGCAAUGACGAAUGACGCUGUAAACCCUAUCCAGAGAGGUCGGCUUAUCGAAUUCAAGGCUAACGGACAAGUAGUUUUUGACGAUGGCACGACGGAAGAUAAUAUCGACCAUUGUAUUCUAGCGACCGGAUUCCAUAUGCAUUUCCCUUUCUUGGAGGGGGCAUCCAUGAUCAACCAGAACAUACCACCGGACUUCCCUCCAUUACCUCCCGGCGAGCUUUUCAACUCAACAUACCACGUGUUUCCCCUUGCAAAGCAUUUAUUCCCGCUUCAAGCUCGAUAUCCUAUCUCCUCCAUCGCCUUCAUGGGCCUCGUCAUAAGGGUCGCGCCGUUUCCACUUAUGGAGGCUCAAGCGUAUGCGAUUGUGCGAGCGUUUUCCGACCCUUCAUCUCUAAAUCCUAUCGCGGAAACUGUCGAUAUCAUUACUCGCACUGACAAACUUAGACACGCUGGUGCUUCAAGACCUCUAGACAUCGCCAAAGCCUGGUUCCGAUUCGAUAGGGAAGAUCAAUGGAAUUAUCGAGAUGCGUUGUAUCAGUUUGCACAGGGCAUGGGGUCUGGGACUCCGCUCAUCAAAGUCACAGAGUGGGAGAAAGAAUUAUACGAUUUGAAAACGGAAGUGAGGUCGGGAUGGGAAGAUUUGGAGAAGUCGGGGGAUUCGAGUGAGUGGUUGAGAGACGUUGGGAAGAAUGGGGUGCAGGAUUGGGUAGGGUUGAUGUAUCGUGUGGCGGAUUAUGCCAGGAGUCGAAAGAACUUGUUGGAAAGAUCGUGA